CCACUGCUCUUUCCGAGCUCAGAAUGACGCCAGAGAACAAAUCAUCUGAUACCUCAUUGGAAUACCUGAGCUCCACUUGCCUGGUCUUUUUUUCAUCCCGUGCUUAUUCACAACACGAUCACGCGUGGAUUAUAACUAUGACUCUUGAGGAGAUUCGCGGACAGGAAAACACGAUGGAACACAACGAGAGGGUGCAAAGUGCAGGCACAGCAUUGGAAGAGCUGCUGCUCGCCGCUAAGAAGCAAGACUACCUGACGGUCGGCGUUUACGAGUCGGCUAAAGUCAUGAAUGUCGACCCGGAUAGCGUCGCCUUCUGCGUGCUCGCCACCGACCAGGAGCACGCGUGCGACAUCGCCUUGCAGAUCCACUUCACGCUCAUCCAGGCGUUCUGCUUCGAUAACGACAUCAACGUGGUGCGCGUCACCGACAUCGAGCGCCUCGCCGACCUGGUGGGCGCCGACGAGGGCGGCGAGCCCAAGGACGCCCACUGCAUCCUAGUCACGAGCCCAAGUGCCAAUCCAUGGAAAGACCCCGCUCUGGACAAGCUGAGUCUUUUCUGCGAGCAGAGCCGCAGCAUGUGUGACUGGGUUCCCACCAUCACCUUCCCGGAGCGCUGAGUCAGCCAUUCUUCCCUCGGUCCCUUGAAAAUGCAUCGGCGAUGAUGACGAUGAUGAUAAGAAAGAAAGUCAAGGCAUCACUUGAAAGUGUUCCGGUGCCUUUCUGCCACCCGUUUGUCUGGAUUAGUAGGCUGCGUGGCCGGGAUGGAAACUCACCAUCUCAUUCCCUCCCCCUCCACAUCCCCCAUGCCCGAUUCAUGCUUACAUGCGCAGAGGGAAGCAGCCUUCCAGUCAGUGCAUUUUGGGGUCAGGACGUUGUGGAUUAUACCCUGAGGGGACAACCACUCAGAAGCCAGUCAUGUGGGGCGGGGGUUCUUGGUGGUGAGACACCACGACGGACACUCGGGGAGGCGUUGCGAGAGCCAGUGACGGCCCACUCCAUGAUUAGCGAGAAGACGUCGGCGGUGUGUGGGCACGACUGCAUCAGACUGUGCAGAGGUGGAUGUGAGAACGUGCGGAGGCCGGACGGGAGCUCAUCAGAUGGGAGUGAUGCUGAUCUGGGAAUAGAAUGGCUGGAAAAAAAAAAGACUGGACGUUUUCUUCAUGUGCAGACAUCAAUAGCAAAAGACUUGUGGAAAAUCUUGAUUUGAGCUGCACUUAAAUGACAUUUGAUCAACACUGAUAUGAGUUAUGACACUCUUUGUAAUUGCGCAAGCAAAACCAUGCGACGAUAAUUUGAAUUUGCACACAUUUUGUUCAUGACCUGUGAAUAAAUGUUUGAACUCAAA